AUGAGUUAUGAUAAGAAGGCUGAUGUCACAUCCUUAGAUGAAGAUUUAAGGCAACUAAGAGAAAGCAAGUUUUCACCGGAAGCAGUGCAGCAUAUUAAAACAUGGGUAUUUAAAUCCGUUCUGAAAGAGACAGUUCCUCCUGAAGACUUACUGGAAUGCUUGAAAGAUGGAACAGUCCUAUGUAAGUUAGCAAAUAUUUUAUAUGAAGCAGACACAGGAGAAGCCAGCCAUAUUAGUUGGAAAAACUCUAAAAUGCCAUUUGUUCAAAUGGAUCAAAUUUCCCAAUUCUUAUCGUUUUCGAGGGUAUAUGGUGUGCCAGAAGAUGAAUUAUUUCAGACUAUAGAUCUUUUUGAAAAAAAGGAUCCAGCCAUUGUUUUCCAAACGUUGAAGUCCUUGUCUCGUUACGCCAACAAAAAACAUCCGGAUAGAUUUCCAGUUCUGGGACCGCAACUGUCAACAAGGAAGCCGAGACCCCCGGUCAGGUCCAAACCAAAGCAUCUACGGGAGGGUGCUGGAUGGAGUACUUUUGAAUACGGUUAUAUGAAAGGUGCAUCUCAAGCUACUGAAGGGGUGGUGUUAGGUCAAAGAAGAGAUAUAGUUUAG